ACUUGGUCUAUUUUUUGCAAGAAGGCAUGCAUAGGGCCAUAGAAGCAGGCUUCGAAGAAGAGAGAGCCAUACAGCACUGCGGCGGAUUGUUUGAAUUGCCGAGAUAUAAUGAUACCUCUGUUUGUUUGAUGUUUCUGUGCUUCUGUCAGGAUGAUCAGCCUGAUGUUCAUGGGCCAACAGCUUGUCUGAGUGAAGACAAAUCAUCUUUCAAAAGUUUAGCUGGUUAUGCAGAUGUCGCCACUUGUCGAUUGGACCUGGAGGAGGACAUUGAAGGCAUCAACCAGAUGGAGGACCUUCUGGUCGAAGGCAGAGAAAUGCUGUCAGUCCUGUAUGCGUAUCGGAGCUGUGUGAAAGCUCUUCCUCAGCUGGAGAAGCCGCAAAAGGAAAUCCUAGGGGAACUCUACAGAGAGACGUACCAUGUCCUGGACACAGAAAUUGGGCGGCUGAGAGAUCUUCAGCGGUUUCAGAAGGAUGUGGCUGAGCGGGUUUGCACAGACAUGGAGAGGUUCCUAUGCCCAGAGAAGAAGAUCAAUGGCCCUACUGUGGCUCACACAUGGGGUUGGCUGAAAAUUCUCGAUUUGCUUUUGGUCUUGGAUCAUCUCAAGAAUUCAAAAGCCAGCAUUCCUAACGACUUCACCUGGUACAAGAGAACAUUUUCGCGAGUGUGCAUGGACCGUGAAGAUGGGGAUUCUAUCAAGGAGGAGAAUGACAAUCUGCAGGCUUUCUUGACCAUGCGGUGGAGCAUAACCGCCAAUUUUCGAGCAGUGGCGAGCCAUCUGACAAACCAGGAGGAGAUGCUGCUUUUUCUGAUCAACUUCAGCUUCGAGAUGCUGGAAUCUGAGAGAGUGCUUCUGUAUACAGAACGGCACACGCUGUUAAGAGUUGUGCCUCUGCUUCUUGUAAUGGCGACUCCUUCAGAAAAGGAUGGUGAAGCACUUGUCAAAUCAAAGAAGAUCAAGCUGGAACGUUUCAUCCGGUUGCUGAAGGAGGAUCCGAUUGUACCUGCUUUUGCAGACGUGCACAUGUUUCCCGUGACAAUAGUGAAUGAAUUGUCGCCGUAUUUUCAGAAACUUGCCAGCGAAGGGAAACUAGAUGUUUUGUUUCCUCGCGACAUGGAGACUCGCCGUGCUAAUGAUUACCAGAGCUCUUAUGAGCUGGUGCGACACAUGCAUGAAUAUCGGCGCGUACAUGACGAGUUUACAUUCCGGUUCGCUGGUAUGGUAAAUGAGCUGCAAUUAUUGAGAAAGAGAAACCACGACAUAAAUGACUGUGUUGGCUUCAGCCGCGUUGUGUAUGAUUCGGUCCUUGAGGGGUUGCAACUACUGAGCAGUUACACCGGCAGAGUGAUGGAGCAAUGUGUCUGGAAGUACUCGCGUCCUGCCCGCGAUGCAGCACCGCUUGAUCCUGAGAGGAAUCCGGAGGUUUCGGCGUACGAGCGGGUUGUGAGAUGCAACUACAGCAAUGCUGAGAAGAAGGCCUUGGUUGAGAUGAUUUGCUAUAUCAAGGGCAUGGCAGGAGUACUAGACAGAGCUGAGUCGAUUGUCAUGGAUGUGGUCUGGGAGGCAGUCUACAAGAUGGUGCAGGUGUUUGCUCAAGGCAUGUUAACUCCUAUGCUGAGGACUGCAUCGAAACGGAAGAAGAAAGAUGUUGCAGGAUUGUUAUGGAAUCUGCGAUCAAUCGUGGCUGAUUGGAAGGAAGGAGUAGAACCGGAUAUAUUUGCAAGGAGGGCACGACGAGGAAACGAAUCAUUGGACCUUCUGCCACGUUCUGUAGCACCAUCCCGCGCCCAGCUGUAUGCCAUGCAGUAUCUAGUGGGAGAGCUAUUAGCAAUGGCAAAUGCCAAUCGUGGAGGAUUUUUCGGGAGCGAUAGAGACUUGUCUUCAUCAGCAGCUCGCGAGCUCGAAAAUUUUGGACAAGAGCUUUUGUUUGUCCCGUAUGUUCUUGAUUUCCGACACACAUUGAAAGAGGCCUCUGAUUUAGGCUUCCUUUGGUUUAGAGAACUGUACCUUGAAAUAUCUCACUGUGUUCAGAAAAGUGACAAAACUGACUAGCAAUGCCUUGCGGCUCCAGGAAUGAAUGCCACAAACCAAU